CGGAAACACUCCAAGUUUUUUAACCAGUCACAGCCAUUCAUUCGCUGCAGCUCGCUGGGCUUACUGACAGGAAGCAUCUCUAUCUUUGAGGCACUUGCUCUCCCCCCCUUCCCCUCCCACCAUGGCUACAGACUCGAUGGAGAUUGACGACUCUCUUUACAGCCGCCAGCGAUAUGUGCUUGGAGACAGUGCCAUGCACCAGAUGGCCCAGUCCUCAGUCUUUCUCAGUGGAAUGGGAGGACUGGGAGUAGAGAUAGCAAAAAAUAUUGUCCUGGCUGGUGUAAAGGCAGUCACGCUUCAUGACACAAAACAGUGUGAGACCUGGGAUCUUGGCUCCAACUUCUUUAUCCGCAAAGAGGAUGUUUUGAGCCAGAGGAGGAGGGUGGAGGCAGUGUGCCCUCACGUUGCAGAGUUGAACCCUUAUGUCCACGUUGACAUGUCUUCCUCUGCUCUUGACGACAACACUGAUCUCAGUUUUCUCAGAAGGUACCAGUGUGUGAUUUUGACUGAGGCCAGAUUGAGCCUACAGAAGAGAGUAAAUGAGUUCUGCCACUCACAACAACCCCCUAUCAGAUUCAUCAGCUGUGACGUGUACGGUAUCUGUGCACGAGUGUUUUGUGAUUUUGGAGAAGAGUUUGAGGUGUUCGACCCCACAGGAGAGGAGCCCAAGGAGGUUUUCAUUCAAAGUAUCACUCAGGAUAAUCCUGGGGUGGUAACCUGCAUGGACAACCAACCCCACGGCCUACAGACAGGGCAGAGUGUUGUUUUCAGAGAGGUCGGUGGCAUGGUGGAGCUCAACGGCACAUCUCGGCAGGUUUCAGUCCUUUCUUCUCACAGCUUUGCAAUAGGAGACACAUCUCAGCUACAACCAUACACACAUGGAGGUUUCUUUGUCAUGGUGAAAACCCCUAAAAUGUACAGAUUUGAAACAUUAGAGCGACAGCUGUGUGAACCUCGGGUCCUGACUCCAGACUUCAGUAAACCAGAGGCCCCACUUCAAAUCCAUGCUGGCAUGUUGGCACUGGACACCUUCCAGGAGCAGCACAGUAGACUUCCUAACACUGGGUGUUUACAGGAUGCUGAGGUUUUACUAAAGCUGACUGAGGAAGUGAAUGCAGCUCUCAAGAGCAAAGCUUCUGUGAAUACUGAGCUAGUACGCUGCCUUUCAAGGACAGCAAGGGGUGCUCUCCCUCCAUUAGCAGCAGCUGUUGGAGGUUUAGCCAGUCAGGAAGUUCUUAAGGCCAUCACAGGGAAGUUUGCACCCCUGCAGCAAUGGUUUUAUCUUGACGCUAUUGAGGUAGUCAAGCCACUUCAGUCUCUUUCUGCUGAGGAGUUUUCCCCUAGGGGUGAUCGAUAUGAUGGAUUACGAGCUUGCAUUGGUGACUCACUGUGUUUACAACUACACAAGCUAAGGGUCUUUAUGGUUGGCUGUGGAGCAAUAGGCUGUGAGAUGCUGAAAAACUUUGCCCUGCUUGGAAUUGGAUUGGCCAAGAACUCAGGGGAGGUGUGCAUCACAGACCCAGACCUCAUAGAAAAGUCUAACCUCAACAGGCAGUUUCUCUUCAGGCCACAUCAUAUACAGAAACCCAAAAGUACCACAGCAGCAGAGGCUACUCAUGAUAUAAACCCAGACCUACAGGUGGAAGCUCACCUCAACAAGGUGUGUCCGGCUACUGAGAACAUCUACAAUGACUCAUUCUACUCUUCAUUAAACAUAGUGGUCACUGCGCUGGACAACGUAGAGGCACGGAGAUAUGUGGACAGCCGCUGUGUAUCCAAUCAGAGGCCUCUCCUAGACUCUGGCACCAUGGGAACUAAAGGGCACACCGAAAUCAUUGUGCCAAACUUGACAGAGUCUUACAAUAGCCAUAGGGACCCCCCAGAAGAGGAGAUCCCAUUCUGCACUCUCAAGUCUUUCCCUUCUGUUAUAGAGCACACCAUCCAGUGGGCCAGAGAUAAGUUUGAGAGUGCCUUUGUCCACAAGCCCUCCAUGUACAACUCGUUCUGGCAGACCCAUUCCUCGGCUGAGGUGGUGCUACAGAGGAUGCAGGCAGGGGAAAGUCUGGAAGGGUCAUUCCAGGUCAUAAAGCUGCUGAGCAGACAGCCCACUCAGUGGGAACAAUGCGUCGCUGUUGCUCGUCUGAAAUUUGAGAAAUAUUUCAAGAGAAAGGCCCUACAGCUGCUGCACUCUUUCCCCCUGGACACAAGGUUAAAAGAUGGAAGUUUGUUUUGGCAGUCUCCAAAAAGACCACCAACACCUCUUGAAUUUGACUUGAAAGACUCUUUGCACUUUGCUUUCAUUGUGAGCACUGCCCGGCUCUUCGCAGGGAUUUAUAACAUCCCUUAUUCAGAAAGGGAUCUUUCUGAAGAGGCUAUUACCAGGAUUCUUGCAGAUGUCAAGAUUCCAGAGUACAGGCCCUCAGAAAAAUGCAUAGAAACAGAUGAGACGGCAAGGAAGCCUGAUCAGAUAAAGAUGCCUCUAAGCAGUGAAGAGGAAAGGGACGCCAUCACUCAUUUGGAGCAGGCUAUUGCUACUGACAGGGUCACACCAGAACGGUUACGGAUGAGUCCACUUCAGUUUGAAAAGGAUGAUGACAGCAACGGUCACAUGGACUUUGUCGCAUCAGCAUCCUCUCUCAGAGCCAUCAUGUACUCCAUUGAGCCAGCUGACAGACUUAAGACCAAACGCAUUGCUGGGAAGAUAAUCCCCGCCAUUGCCACGGCAACAGCUGCAGUGGCUGGUUUGGUGGCGCUGGAGUUGAUCAAGGUGGUUGGAGGCUUUGGGUUUGAAUCGCACAAAAACUGCUUCUUUAACUUGGCCAUUCCUGUAGUCGUUCUUACCGAGCCUGCUGCAGUCAAACAGACACUCAUCAGGAACAACAUCUACUACACCAUCUGGGACUGCUGGACUGUCUUUGGCCACGAGGACUUCACUCUCUCUGACUUCAUGAAUGCUGUCAGGGAAAAGUAUGGAAUUGAACCCACUAUGGUCGUCCACGGUGUAAAGAUGCUCUAUGUGCCUGUGAUGCCUGGACACUCCAAGAGGCUCAAAUUGACGAUGCAUAAACUAAUCAAGCCAUCAGUGGACCGCCGCUACGUAGACCUUACUGUGUCAUUUGCUCCCGAGGCAGAUGGAGAUGAGGACCUCCCUGGUCCUCCGGUCAGGUACUACUUCAGCCCCGAUGGCGAGACUCCCUGACACCUCCCUCAAUGUCAUCCUCAAGCCUCCUGUGUCCUUAUUUCCCUUCUUUUAUGUAAAUUGUUACACCCCAAUUGCUUUGGCAUGGGCCAAGAGUUUUCCCUCAGGAUGUUACCUGACAAAGUCAAAACUCCUUGCCUUAGCACAAACCCCUCUUGUACUUCAUGGAGCAAGAAAAGCCAGUCAUGGUCCCAGUUCCGUUUUUUUGUUGUUGUUUUCCCCUGUUGCCUAAGAUCUAGCCAGUGGAACACAAGGAGUAGCACUUAUAAUUAUACCUGUGUACAUAUACUUUGUUCCUUUUUUUUUUUUUUUUACUCUGGUGAAAUGCACAGCUCUGGUUGUGUCGAUGCCUUAAUUGAUUAUUAACCUUUUUUUUUUUUUCCUGUUUGUGGCAGCGAAUCUGACUAAAAUCUGUGUUUACAGGAAUCUUUAAACUCCCAACACACAGACCCAUUUAGUUGUUGUGUUCAACUUUUUUUUUUGUGAGUUAAACUUUUGGCACAAUAAAAACAAGUAGUUGGUAGGCCUCGCAACAUCUUCGUCCUCUGAGUUCUUUGAGAAUAUUGCCAACCACAAAUUUGCCAAUUAUUUUCUGUCUCCCUCUAUAGAAAUAAAAUUUAAAAAAAUCAAGAUUUGUUGUAUAAUUUUAAGGUGCAACAAGUUAAGUGGACAAUGGCAAAACCACCAAAGAUAGUGAUUAUCAUUUUGUCUGCAGAUUCUUUUUUUUUUUUUACCUCCCU